CGAGUGGUAUAUAACGUGCCUCCUAUUCCACAGGAGAGAGAGAGAGAGAGAGAGAGAGAGAGAGAGAGAGAUGGUGUCUCUGAAACUUCAGAAGCGGCUUGCCGCUAGCGUUCUCAAGUGUGGUAGAGGCAAAGUUUGGCUUGACCCUAAUGAGGUCAAUGAAAUCUCCAUGGCUAAUUCUCGACAAAACAUAAGGAAAUUGGUUAAGGAUGGUUUCAUUAUCAGGAAGCCAACUAAGAUUCAUUCCCGUUCCCGUGCUCGCAGAAUGAAGGAGGCCAAGAGGAAGGGACGUCACUCUGGUUAUGGUAAGCGUAAGGGUACAAGAGAGGCUAGGCUCCCCACCAAAAUCCUUUGGAUGAGGAGGAUGCGUGUCCUCAGACGAUUGCUCCGCAAGUACAGGGAAGCAAAGAAGAUUGACAAGCAUAUGUACCAUGAUAUGUACAUGAAGGUAAAGGGUAAUGUCUUCAAGAACAAGAGAGUCUUGAUGGAGAGCAUACACAAGUCCAAGGCUGAAAAGGCAAGAGAAAAGACCUUGUCUGAUCAGUUUGAGGCAAAGCGUGCCAAGAACAAGGCUAGCAGGGAGAGGAAAAAUGCUAGGAGAGAAGAGCGUUUGGCUCAAGGCCCUGGAGAGAAGCCAUCAGCAGCCCCAAGUGCUCCAUCUGCAAUAGCAUCCCUGCCAGCCCAAGCAUCAAAGAAAUCAAAGAAGUGACAUUUUGGGAGAUUGGAAGGAAGGGCAUUGAAUCUUCUAUUUGGCUGGCAUCCUGAGUUACAUGGCUAGUGUUUUUUUUGACAGAUUGUCUGUUUUUCUUAGACCGUGUUAGUUUUAUUCAAAAUUUAAGUUGUAUAUCUGCAAUUUGUAUUAUGUUUAUUUGUUUAUGCUAUUUUUUCAUGAAGAUGGGGUUGCACCUGGCUUCGAUAUACUUGCCUGUUAAUUAUGAAAGUUUCCUGUCUCAAUAAGCAUUCUUGCGUACCUUGUACUAAUUUCACGAUGAAAUUAUACCAUAUUCAAUUAUAAUGAGCUUUUGUCAGGUUGACGAAGA